AAAGAGCUGAGCCUUCCAAGAAGGGGAAGUUUUUGCCGGACAAGUAAUAGAAAAAGUUUGAUCUGUAAUGGACAAUCUUCAGCUAUGCCUCGGCCCCAUUCACCACUUUCUGCUCACGCAGGCAGCAGUCCUCAAGACAGCCCUAGAAAUUUUUCUCCUAGUGCCUCAGCCCACUUCUCUUUUGCACGAAGUCACGGGCAUCGAAAUGAAAGGACCGAUGGACGGCGUUGGUCACUGGCAUCUCUCCCUUCUUCUGGAUAUGGUACAAAUACUCCCAGUUCAACAGUUUCAUCAUCCUGUUCUUCCCAAGAGAAGUUACACCAGUUACCAUAUCAGCCAACACCAGACGAACUUCAUUUUUUAUCUAAACAUUUCUGUGCUACUGAAAGUAUUGCUAGUGAUAAUAGAUGUAGGACCACUCAAAUGAGGCCACGAUCCAGAAGCCUCAGUCCUGGACGUCCACCUGCCUGCUGUGAUCAUGAAAUUAUUAUGAUGAACCAUGUGUACAAAGAAAGGUUUCCUAAGGCUACUGCUCAGAUGGAAGAAAGGCUUCAAGAGAUUAUCACCAACCAUUCUCCUGAGAACAUCCUUCCCUUGGCAGAUGGAGUGCUCAGCUUCACCCAUCAUCAGAUCAUUGAACUGGGCCGUGACUGCUUGGAUAAAUCUCAUCAGGGUCUUAUUACCUCACGAUAUUUCUUUGAAUUACAACACAAAUUGGAUAAGCUCCUACAAGAGGCCCAAGAACGAUCAGAAAGUGGAGUACUGGCAUUUAUUAAGCAGCUUGUCCGAAAAAUACUUAUUGUGAUUGCACGUCCUGCUCGUUUACUUGAAUGUUUGGAGUUUGAUCCUGAAGAAUUUUACUAUCUUUUGGAGGCUGCAGAAGGCCAUGCAAAAGAGGGGCAAGGCAUUAAAACUGACAUCCCUAGAUAUAUCAUAAGUCAACUGGGUUUGAAUAAGGAUCCUUUGGAAGAAAUAGCUCAGCUAACUAACUAUGACAGUGGAGCAGCAGCCACUCCAGAAACGGAUGAACCGAAUUCUAAUGCAUCACUUAAACUUAAGAGGAAGCCUCGUGAAAACGAUUUUGAAACAAUUAAGCUGAUUAGCAAUGGAGCAUACGGGGCUGUUUACCUAGUGCGUCAUAAAGAAACAAGACAGAGAUUUGCAAUGAAAAAGAUUAACAAACAGAAUCUCAUUCUUCGAAACCAGAUUCAGCAGGCGUUUGUUGAGCGUGAUAUCCUGACAUUUGCAGAAAAUCCAUUUGUAGUCAGCAUGUAUUGUUCCUUUGAAACUAAACGCCAUUUAUGCAUGGUCAUGGAGUAUGUGGAAGGUGGAGACUGUGCUACUUUGAUGAAAAAUAUGGGCCCUUUGCCUGUAGAUAUGGCCAGGAUGUAUUUUGCUGAGACUGUUUUAGCACUGGAAUAUCUCCACAACUAUGGAAUAGUACACAGAGAUUUGAAACCUGAUAAUUUAUUAGUAACAUCCAUGGGACAUAUAAAGUUAACAGAUUUUGGGCUGUCUAAGGUUGGCCUCAUGAGUAUGACUACUAAUCUUUAUGAGGGUCAUAUUGAGAAGGAUGCUAGAGAAUUUCUAGAUAAACAGGUUUGCGGUACACCAGAAUAUAUCGCUCCAGAAGUGAUUCUAAGGCAAGGUUAUGGCAAGCCGGUGGACUGGUGGUCCAUGGGAAUUAUCCUUUAUGAGUUUCUUGUUGGGUGUGUGCCAUUCUUUGGAGAUACACCAGAGGAGCUAUUUGGACAAGUUAUCAGUGAUGAGAUCAACUGGCCUGAAAAGGAUGAAGCACCACCUCCAGAUGCCCAAGAUUUGAUUGCUUUGCUUCUGAGACAAAACCCUUUGGAGAGAUUAGGAACAGGUGGUACUUAUGAAGUGAAACAACACCAGUUCUUUCAAAACUUAGAUUGGAAUAGUUUGCUGAGACAAAAAGCGGAAUUCAUUCCUCAGCUGGAAUCUGAAGAUGACACAAGCUACUUUGACACUCGUUCCGAGAAGUAUCAUCAUAUGGAGACAGAAGAAGAAGAAGAAGAAGAUACAAAUGAUGAAGAUUUUAAUUUGGAGAUAAGGCAGUUUUCUUCAUGUUCACAUCGAUUUUCAAAAGUUUUUAGUAAUAUAGAUCGAGUCACUAUUCAGACUGAAGAAAAGGAGAAUAUAGUAGAAGGAACAACAAAUGCGACACUAACAUCUUCAGAAUCUUCAUGCUGGAGCUCAGAAUAUUCUGAUAUGCAACAGAUAUCUACAUCAGUUUCUUCAGAUACUGAAAGUGUUAAGCAGCGCCACAGUUCAGGGUUACUUCCAAAAUUAGCUAUAUCAGCUGAAGGAGAUUCAGAGGAAUUACUGUGUUCUGUUGGAUCUCAUAAACUUCAAGAAAAGACUGUGUUUAUAAGUGAAGAAACUGUUCAAGAUGAAGUAGAGGUAACAACUCCAGCAAGCACAAUUAGUAAUUCCACACUCUCAGCCGGUAGCUUUUCAGAGCACAUGGAUCAGAUAAACGGAAGAAAUGAAAGUGUGGACAGCACAGAUAAUUUCUCAAAGCCAUCUACUGAACAAGCAUCUCAUAUGGCUCGUCAGCGAUUAGAAACUACAGAAAAAAAGAAAAUACCUGGAAAGGUUACAAAGUCUCUCUCGGCCAGUGCUCUGUCCCUUAUGAUUCCAGGAGGUAGAUACUGUUUACAAUGAUGAAAUUGAUCCUUUUUUUCCUCUUUAAGCAAUGCAUCUUCAAUCAAACCUUUCUUGUGUUAAAAUGAGUCAUGC